AUGCCGCAGCAGAAUUAUGGCUCACCAAGAUUAUCUAACAAACCCGGCACUCGUAUCAGUAAAAGCGCUGCUACAGGACAACAGAAUGAGAUCGUGCAAGAUAUAUCAUUAAGAAACGUGAAUAAUAAGCAUAUUUCGGCCAAUGCAAUUUUAGGGGCAUACACACGUUUCAACGCUAUUCCUCUUGGAACUAAAGAAGCUCUCCCACCUAUUCCACCGAGUAGAGCUAAUCCUGAUAACGAUUACGAUGGUAUUGAUGAUAAUGUACAUGAUUUUAACACGAUCGAUGAAGACUCUUUACCACUUAAAUUAUUUGACGGGAAAAAACAAUCACUCGAUGAACUAAGUGAAGAAUCCAUGUCAUAUUUAUGGUUUCGACGUAUUAAAGAAAUUUUUUUACAUAUGGAUUAUACCAAAGAUAACCAGGCAGAUGAUCCUUUUAUUGAAUUUGAUAUGGAUUUAGCUCGAGUUGAUUUGAUCAAUGCAUGUGAUCGAUAUAUAGAGAAUGAACGGAUUAUCAUUACCAAAACGGAUGUAAAUACGACAAAAUCUAAAGGCAGCAGUCAACAAACUGGUUCAUCGUUGAGUAUCGACGAUUGUAUCAAUGAGCUCAAUCAUUUUACCACGAAUCCAUCAUCAGAAGAAUUGUCAUCGGUAUUGAAUAAAUGUAUCGGAUCGUUACGAGAUCUUGAUAAACGUACUGAAGAUGUCAUCGAUAAAUUACAGAAGCAACUGACAAAAAACUCAGAAGUUGAUAUUCGUACUAUAAAAGAACUUAUUCAAUCUUUGCAAACAAAAGAAGUAAAACAAAAAAGUGAUUUAGAAAAAAGACAAGAUGGAGAUAUGAAGAAACUCUAUGCAGAAGUAUUUAAAAUGUCUUAUAAAAGAAAUCCACUAAGAACAGAUAUUGAACAGGAAGAAUUAACACCAGUGAAGAAAGGCGAUAAUCAACCAAAUUUUCGUAAUGCUAUUUGGUGGUACUCAUGUGAUAAAGCUAGCAUAUAUUAUCAAAUUAAUUCAAUAUUACGUCUAGAAAACUUUGAAUUGUUAAUGGCAUAUCGUUAUUAUUUGAGUGAUCUUUGUAAAAUGAUAGAAUUUAUGUAUCAAGAAAGAAAACGUGAGCAAGGUGAUAUUACUCAAACAUUCUAUCGAGCUGGACCUAUUAAUGAGGCCCAAUUGGAAAAAAUGCGUAAACCACAAAAACGUCAAUUGAUUUCGUUGAUUGGUUUUAUUUCAACAACAACUGAUAUGGAUAUUGCCAAAGGUUAUGCCCAAAAGCAGAGUAUAUCGAAGGGUAACAAGAGAGCAUUGUUUCAAAUUACUGUUAAACCUCAAGAGUCAUGUACAGCAUUUGCAUAUAUUGAAGGUAUUUCAUUUCAUCCCGAAGAAAAAGAAGUUCUAUUUAGUAUGGGUUCUACAUUUGUCGUUGGCAGUGUUACUGAUCCUAAAGAUGGCGAAAAUUAUUAUACAGUUCAACUCAUAGCGUCUGAUAUUGAUAAAACCCUUAUUAAUGAUAUUCGUACUAAAGUCGAAGAAUGUUCACCAUCUGGUCGUGCCGCUUUAUUAGCACACUAUCUUAUGGAACUAGGUGAAUAUCGAGCAGCUCGUAAAUAUCUCAGCUCUCUUCUAAACGAAGCACAAGAUGGAGGUAUAUUAAACAAUGAUCCAAACUUAGCUUCAAUUUACUCGUGUCUCGGUAUGAUUUAUGCUCGACAGGGUCUUCAUGGUGAUGCGCUUAAAACAUUCAAACAAGCACUUAAUACGCAAGCACGUCUCGAAUACUCGAAUAAUAAUGCAUUAGCCGAAAUUCAUAAAAGUAUUGGAUUAGCUUAUGUAGGCCUAGGUCGUUUGAAUGAAGCUGAAGAGACCUUAGCAAAAGCAUUACGUAUACAAUUAAGAGAGGCUAACUCCGAUCAACAGUAUUUAGCAUCGAUCUACGGUGAUAUUGGUUAUGUACAAUACAAGAAGGAUCAUAUGAGGAAAGCAUUAGAUGCUUUUGAAGAAGCUGAAAAGAUUUAUAAAAAAAAUUCAAACAAGAUCGCGCAUGAUGCUCUUGAACAAUCUUUAACGAGAGCGGAAUAUCUUACAAAUUAUGGACAUUUAUUAAGUGUUAAUAAUGAUAUAGCAGAAGCACAAACACGAUACAGCGAAGCACUGAAGCUUUAUAAAAGUAUUCUACGUGAUAAUGAUCCUAAAUUAAUGCAAACUUAUAUCAAUAUAAUGGUUGCUUAUGCAAACACUAAAAAAUUUAAUGAAGUGACUAAAUGGUUUGAAGAUAAAACAGUUAAAGAAUUAAUUGAUAAGCAAGAACUAAAUAUGUUUGAAUUGAACAGUUCAGUAACACAAUCUAGUCUUGCUUUUCUCCAUGAAUUUGUCGGUGCUUGUUAUGUAGCCCAAAACUCGUAUGAUACAGCUAUUCGCUUGUGGGCACGAGCUGUGAUAUUUAAACGUAAGGCACGUCUGGAACAAUUAUUGCUAGAAACUACAAAUAGCAUUUCAUCGAUGUCAAUUAAUGAGCAAAAAAGUUUUAUUAAUGAAAAUUAUCGUCGAGCGCGCGAGUAUUUUAAUAAUACCACCAGAGACACAGAGCAAUCAAAAAAUAAAAAAAUAGAACAAUUACCAAAUGAAUUUUGUGUGGGUCUACUCUAUGCCGAAUCCUAUAAUCAUAGAUCUGCAAUUGAAAAUUUGGAAAAGGCUAUAACAAUUUUAAAUUCAUCUGACGAUGAUAUGAAGCUUAUUGCUUGUCUUCUAUUAAUCAAUUUGUACAAACAUCAGCUUGAUGAAAAAUCGGCAAUUGAUAAUUGCGAUCGAGCUUUAGAAUUAAUCAAACAAUCAAAAACUCAAAAGGAUCGUGUAUUAGAAGUCGAAGUCAAUUUAACUCGUAUUGAAUGUAUUAAGGAAGCAAAACAAAAUGCAAAAAUUUUUGACGAACAGAAAAAUGCAAAUGUUAUUGACGAACUAAAAAAACUUGAUAGAUCUUUAAAAACAAAUGGUAGUGAUACAAAAUAUGUCACAUUAAAAGUUAUCAUUUAUGAUACUCUAGCUCGUUAUUAUCUAGAAGAACCGAAUUACGAGGAAUUCGACAGAGUCGCUGAGAAAUCGGUGACAUAUAAAAUUCGUAACUUCUCACAAUAUCAUCCUAGUUUAGUCAUUAACUCAAAACUAUUGGCGGGACGUUAUAUUCAACAAUCUCGUUAUCAUGAAGCAUUAUAUUUUUAUGAACGUGCUCUUGAAGUACAAAAUUUAAAUUUAACUUUUGAUCAUUCACAAAACAGAAAAAUGUAUUAUGCUAUGGGUGAUAUCUAUUGCAAAUUAGAUAAAUUAUCUAACGCAAAGGAAAAAUAUGAUGUAGCUGAAAAUAUAAAUUCAAAUACUGAUGAAGAUGAUGUAUUAACUCAAGAUAAAAUCAAUGCCGAAGAAUCAAUGGAUAUUUUAAUGGCUCAAAUCAGUAUGCAUCAACAUUUAGCUGAUUUGUAUGCAAAAAAGAAAGAUUAUAAACAAGCUUUAUCCGAAAUGAAUGAAAUUCUCGAAUUAUUAGGGGAUGAAUUACCAUCAUCAGCAUUUGAUACAGAUAAUGAUAAAGCAUUAAUUCAGAAAAAUAUUGAUAUUUCUACACUUUUCAAUAGUCUCCAAUUAUUGGCUAACUGUUUAUUACAUAUAGGAGAUAUUCUUGAUACUGCUCAAGACGAUGACAUGGGUUAUGAAGUAGCUUUGAAUAUUUACAAAAAACUGAAUCAUUAUGAUGGUAAAUUAGGUUUUGAUGAAAUUAUUUUAUUGUAUAAGAAGAUGAGCCAAUAUAACGAAGAUCUAUCAAAUAUUGAGGAUGCCAUUGAUUAUCUUCAGAAAAUCAUAGAUUCAAAAAAACCAUCGAGCGCUGUUUUGUAUCGAAUGGGUGUUUUAAAUAUUAGUCGUGGUAGGCUUAAAGAAGCGACGGUAAACUUUAAGAAAAUAUUAGAUGAUCCAUCAAUUAGUGAGAAACAAGCAAUUAAACAAAUUGUACAAGAAAAUUUAGAUGAAAUUCAAAGGAAAAUAACAAGUCAACCACUGAAUUCACGACGACUUUUACCAGGCCCUCAUGUUAAUCCUUAUGAUUGUAUAGGAUUUUCUGAAGAUGAUGGUGAUAUAUCAAUUGUGAGUCAACAGGAAAACGAGAUUGAUUCUAAAAAGAAAAUAGAAAACACAGAUGAUUUAUUAGAUGAUCGAGCUAAAGCAUUCGCUUAUCUUGAACUUAAUGAUAAGCAAAAAUCACUCGAAUCUUAUCAGAAGUACAUUAAAGAUCAUAGCAAAAAUUUGUCAAUAUUGCAUGCUUUCGAAUUUCAAUAUUCUAUAAUUGAACAACAUAUGUAUACAUAUGAACAGGAAAGUAUGUCUAUAUUUUUACCCAAAUUACUUUGUUGUCUGGUGAACAAACUUCGUGAAGGAGAUUUAGACAAAUCAGAUAUAUUGAAAAUAGCAAAUUCAUAUGUUCGAUGUGGAUUUCUUUAUAAUGAACAAUCUUUAUAUGUCAAAAGUAGUCUCGCUUAUAUAUCAGCUUUUGAUUUGUACUACACCAAAUCAAUCAGUGCUUCUGAUACAUUAAUUAAACUUAUGGGCAAAAUACUUAAUAACUAUAUCAAUUACGAACUUCAACCUGCAAUGGUCCUCGAAAUCGCUCAGGAAUUAUCACUAUCAGAAGCUGAUAUAAGUCAGAUGCGUUUAAAAAUAGGCGCGAUGUAUCGUGACAAUCAAAUAGAAAAUGUUGAUGAUUUAGAUGGUGACGGUGAUACAAGUAAUGAAUCUCGAAUAAUUGCUUUAAAAUGGUACAGAGAUUGUUUAGUUGCUUCGAAUGAUGAGUUCAUAAAAGCUACGUGUUAUUAUAAUAUUUUACAUCUUUAUAAAGAUUAUAUUUAUGAAGAUGACAAUGGAAAAGAUGAUGUUAAUAAUAUGAUGAAUUUGUUACCUAAACUGAGUACUUUUGAUCGGCGUCUGUUACUUGACCUGGCACGUCAAUUUAUGAAAGCGUAUGACAACAAUAAAGGUAUUUGCAAUAAAAAUAUUAAUGAUCAACUACAAAAACUUGUGAACGAUUCUUUUAACGAAACAUUGCAAGUGAAUGGCGAGCUCAGUAUUGGAUGUUGUCUUAUGAGAUGUGAUGAUUCAGAAAAUGCUGAAAGAUAUUGGAAGUCUAUCAUGGCACAAGUUAGAUCUGAUAAAUCUGUACGAGUUCUAUUACUUGUCUAUGAUUCUGAUUCAACAUUUGAUGACAUUCUCAAUGCUAUAAAGCAUUCAGAGAAUGAAAUAGAUUUACUUCUCAAGCAACUAAUUGCAACUUAUGAAAAAAUGGGUGAUUAUUAUAGAUCAGAAGCUAAAAACAGUGAAAAUCCAGAUACAGACGGAUUUCAAAAAGGUGAUGAUAUGUACGAAAAGGCAAUCCAUCUAAUGAACCGGCUUCAUAUGAAUACAGACGAUAUUAAUAAAAUAGAUCAAAAAUUGCACGAAGAACAACCCAAGCCAAGAGAUAAAUAA